CUGCUUUUCUCCGCUUUUCUCAAGUCAGCUGUGGUCGUCUGCAAGGCCUAAUCGCGGCAGCGCCAUAAACCUCUACCUACUCCGGAUAACAGCGCCUCGAAUGUAGAAGCAGAAAUGAAGUUCUGGAACCAGCUGUACCUGCUACUAUGGAAAAACUUUGUAAUACAUCGACGGCAGAAGGUGCGGGUGUGUAUUGAAAUAGUAUGGCCGCUCAUCCUUUUCUUCAUUCUCAUGUGGGUCCGCACACGAGGACUGCGCCUUUACAUUCACGAGUGCCAUUUCGAUGCCAAGGCCAUGCCUUCUGCCGGCCUGCUGCCAUUUGUCCAGUCGACUGUGUGCACUCUCAACAACACCUGCCACAGAGAGCCGGCCACUCAGAGCAGUGCCGAGCAGCAGUACAACACGUCGCUAAUUAUACGACUGGUCAGCGAUGUGAAUCACAUCGUGAAUGAACAUUUAGCAAAUGAAGACACAGUGAACAGCAUCAAACGGUUAUCCCGUGACUUGGAAACGCUCUCAUCAUUUGUAAAGAAACUAACAGCUGCCCAGUUUCCAAUGUCCGGAAGGGUUUCCAUUGAGAAUGUCUUGAAGAAUGACGAUAGCACAAGACAGGGUUUUGAAAAUCUAAACAUCUCCAACAAAGAAUUUUAUCCUGCCUUCUUCAAGUCGAGCGUGAGCGUGCGGGCGCUUCAAAAGAUAUUUGACAGAGGCAACGAGGACAUUAGAGGCUACUUCUGCAAGCCAGGUGCUCCCCAGGUGCUCUUUGUGGCUGGCGUCCCGGAAGACAGUGAUGAGCACAGUCGCCUGCAGCGUGAUAUUUGCAAACUGCCUGCUGCCGACGGUCGUGCUUUUUCACAACAAGUUUUGAGAAGUCUGAACUGGACCGCUGUGCUUCACGAGGUGGGUCCUUGGAAAUAUCAAAAUGUCUAUAUGCCAAGACUUAUGUUUGUCUGUUACUUUUAG